AUGGAUGUGAUCUUUGCCGGCUGCACAAGGGCACCGGCUGCUAAACGCUUUACCGUUCCUGCCAAAGUGAACGCUUGUCCACAUGCAAGAGAUCUGACAGAAGGAGAACGAGGAUCAGCAGGAAGAGGAAAGGACGAUAUGAGUGAUAUGGUGGUACCAGAGUCAUUGGUAAGGAGCAUACAACGAUGCAUCGAGUAUGGGAAGAACGCUGUACAAGUGGAGAGGAUCGAACAGGCGGCGACUAGCUCAACGGAUUGUACGCGACGGUUGGCGGCGUUGCAGUCGUCACUUUCUAUCCUGUGCCAUAUAGCUGCGAUGGAUAAGUCCUACCACUUUAUUCCCAGUAAUCGAACGUUAGGCCCGACGUCAUCUGGCUUCAGAAAAACCAGCUCAAACAAAAACAAGGUUCAAAACAUGAAGAUGCUUUCAAGUCCAUUUCUUUCUCUAUCAGAUAUUUACACCACUGUACGGGCGCUAAAGUUGGAGUAUGAGGAUGUGCUGAAGCAGCAAAGGACUGAUGGGGUGAAACUGCCUAUUAGUGUGCAGGCAGUCGCAGCCUCUAUUUCGACCACUGAAGCUCGUGUGGAUGCCUCACUAGCGUUACUAGAGUUUACUCUAGUGCAGAUGCUUCUUAACUUCGAUCGGGCCCGUGAUAUUUCGCCCGCGUACGUUGGUGACAUUCUGCGAGCAAUACCGAAGAUUUUUGCGACAGAAAAAAGACCUCUUACAGUUCUUAUGAAAGAUGAUGGCAAAACUAGCCAACAGAAGCGUUUUCGUGACGAGAAUGACUCUGGCGAUGUUAGUCAUGCGGCAACUUCAAUUGUUCUUAGGGCAUUGCAAUCUCUAAAAAGUAAAGAUUGCCUUCGAAUCUUGAGUCCCAUUUUACGGGGCAAUGACGCUCGGAUGACUGACAGUCCACUAUCAGUGUCAUUUGAGGGGAUGAUGAAUAAAGCACUGAAUGGCGCAUACCAAUGGCGUGGUCUAUACGGCGCAAUGCAUGACAUGAAAUUGCUUCUGUACUGGUUAUAUGCCACAGUUCCUGCUGAUCAGGAGAAGCAUCUCACAUCCUCUUGGCUUCAUUUUGAGCAUUCAAUAAGAGAGCAGUAUGGUCUUUUUUUACGCAAGACUAGACUAUGUGGAGAGGUGCCAGGUCCGCUCUUGGUAGAGGAAACCAUGUUUGACGUGAAUCCGUUUCCCACGGAGACUGAAGCCGCAUCCUACACUGAUACACAGUUAAAAACGUUGAAACUGCUUGAUUUGCUUCGUGAAGUGGAUACCAAUAAGUGGUUUGAGUACCCAGUGUUCGAUAUGGCUAACAUUGAGUUGAACAGCAUAGAAAAGUGGGUACGAGGCUCGUCUUUUGGUAUGAAAACCAACCGUGAUGCUUUUCUGGCUUUACGCGAUGUGUUGGAGCAGAUGGUGGAUAACUGCGUGCUUAGCUACGGACCAACCAGCCCCUUUAGUCAGGUCAUCACCUCGAUGAGGCAGCGUUUGGUUGAUGCGGCGCGUGAGGUGAAACUGUUGUGA